AUGGCACCAUUCACCUCCAGAUACGUCUGGAUGAACAUAUGGAUGCUGGCUCUACUGGCCGCAUCCACAAUUCACGCACUCCCAAUCCGCUUGGAAGAGGCAAGCGGUGCGAUACAAGCUCGCUCGCCGAGAAUCAUCCCGGAUGCCACCGAGUACAUUUCGCACGUCGUCGCCUCGCUCGGCCUCUCGGAGCUUGAUCCCAGUUCGUCUUCCACGCCAACCUCCACGCCUACGCCUAGUUCUACACCCACUCCUAGCUAUACGUCUCUUCAUAGUUCUACACCUACACCCAGUUCUACGUCCAGUUCUCACGCGACACCCACGCCCUCGAUCAAGAACGAGCACAAGUCAGAGAAUUACUACGAGCCGUCAGUCAACACCGAGAAUGGCGGUGGCUACACGCACAAUAUCGAGCAUGCAAACACCAACGAGAAGCCGAUUGAGAAUGUCCAGAUCAUGCCCGGGUGGGACAACAAGCAUCAACUGACGGCGGAGGAUGUUCCUCGGGUGAUGGAUGCCGUGUACAAGGAGCUGGCGCAUCGCUUCCGCAACAUGUUGGAUAGCUCGGAUGAGGUUGGGCUGUCGUGA